CCAAACCGAGUUUGCUGACUACACGGAUGCAGAUUGCCUUGAUGCUUCUCGUCUUUGCUUUUGGGAUAAUACUUAUAAUUAUCUUCAGUGGCGUUCUGAGGCGACACAAGGAUGAAGAUGAGGAAACAACAAAAGGAACGAAAGGGCCCAGCAACGGUGGGCGCAAAACCGCACCUGGGUCGUCCAGCGAUACGACGACGGAAGCACCUACACCGCCCACGCCUGAGCCCAACUUUCUCAUGUGCACCCUUGGUCGUUAUCAGUUAUCGGGUUCGUUUUUCCAGUUACCUGAUGGUCUCUGCAGCAUAGUCGUGUUAAGGGGAUAUCUGGACACAUCAGCUUGCGGAAAAAAGUUCUGCUCAAACGCGGUGGUCCGCCCGUACGACUGGCUGAUGAAUUUGACAGAGAGUGGUUCCUACAGCAGAACCCGGUUCGGACUUGAUUUCUAUAAGAGGGGCGAUGCAAACGACGAAGGUGUGAUCAGCACUAGUGCUACGCAGCUCAGCACACCAGAUGGCCGUGCGACUUUCACGACCUUCUUCAACAGCGGUUUGAAGGACUUCGGAAUCCUCGGCUGCGUCCUCUCUCGCAAUACUACGGAUCAAUACAUCGACGACGUCAGUAAUGUGCUCACUGCCCUCCGCGCCGUACAAAUAGACGCAUCAAGCGGAAAGGAAGCUGGCUACAUAUUCUUGGGAGUUGCACCUCUCUACGAAGGCGACUAUAGCAACGACAGCGUGCUGACAUCAAAAUUUCACAGCAUGAUACGAAACGUCACACCGGAUAUCGUGCUGUUCAGGACAACGGCGUACUAUCCUUCAUUUGGCUUUACGGACUGCAAAGUGACAGCAGCCUCCCUGUGGGACAAGGCCCCGUUGUCCACCCAGCCUACUUUCGUGGACUCCUUAACGUUUCAAAAUAAGGUGUCCCUCCCCAAGACCACGAAACGCAUGCUUUCAUUUUCCAUCAGCAAACGCAUCAACAGUGUCAUCUCAGGAAGCUCAGAUGUCGGCUCCAAGUGUACCAGCGCGGGAGAUAUUCAGCCCUACGAAAUACUGUGCAAUGGCAGCUACAACAGCAGGUAUGAGUUCGAAGCGGAAGAAAUGGACAAGGAGCGCCUGGUGGCAUAUCAGAGGCGCAAAGAUCAAUUGAAAGUUGUGUAUUACGACUCAGAGGACACCAUAACGCAAAAGAUGUGCAAGGCCGCUGUGGAUCAUGGAUUUCGUGGAGGAUGGGUUCUCUUUGACAUGGAUUGUGGCGGUGCAGUAGAAUGCACAGGAAAGGAAGAUAGUGAUGGCUUUGCACUAGUUCGAGCAGUGGAAGCCAACAUGAACAAGGAAUUUGAUUCCUGUCCUCCUACUAAUAAGGUUCCCUGAACAACGUGUGCCUGUCCGAACACAGUACUGGAUUGUCUCACGAAUAUAGCAUAUACACGCCAAACUGGUUCUA